AUGUCAAACAGUACAACUGCUGCCUACCUUAGCCUUGAGAAUAUAGCUGUUUCUGCAAUUAUAGCAGUGGUUGGUAUUUUCGGCCUAUUGUCGAAUGCUGCGGCAAUGAUUUCUGUUCGAUGUAAUCCAGUCCUACGCAGUUCUUUCGGUGUGCUCUGUUUCUCGCACAGCGUCGCGAAUUUCGGAGUUAUGCUCGUUUUUGUUUUCUGGGUUACCCCUAUGACAGUAAUACACAGUGACAUAAGCAGUGAACUACUGGGUAAAAUAUUCGGACAAAUAAACAUUAUGUUCUGGGAUGUAUGUGUCUAUUCCCAUUUGGCAAUUUCUCUUAAUCGUCUCAUAUCCAUAACACUUCCUUAUUACGCUGCCGAACUGCUAACCCUCAGGAAUACGUUUCUCGUAGUGGUCGUUGUAUGGUGGCUUGGGUUCUGCCAUGUGAUACCGUACUUUUGGACAAAUACAUGUUACAUUUCCUACGAUACGGUUCAAUGGAUCUGGAUAUUUGCUGAUUCCGAAUGUGGACGGAUUAUUUCCACAUAUACAGACAACUACACAAGUUUAGCCGUUUUAGUAACGAUAUUUCUACUCGACUGUAUUACUCUUAUAAAACUAAGACUGACUAACAAUAUAAUGAAUCAUCAAGGCAGCGGUAGUACUGUAUCUCUUGCUGCACAUAAGAAAAGACGACAAAUAGAGACAAGAUUCUUUAUGCAGACUCUCUAUCAGAAUGCGCUAUUUUUCUAUGAAAUUUCAAAUUUCUAUUACGUCACUGUGCUAUUCACGGAUCCAUGGGCAGUGUUCUUUACGAGUACAUUCGCAUGGGAGAUAUGUCAUGCAUUUGAUGGGUUUGUCGUCGUUUUAUUCAACUUUCACCUUUCAUUUAUUGGCAUACAUACAACGAAAACUCGAUCUGCUAUGGUAAGUGAACAUAAGAAGACCACAUCUGCCUGGCAUAUUGUGACGAAUGGUUGA